ACCGUGCGGUCACGUUUCGGGAGCCGGAUGUCGAAAGCGUCGUUUGCGAUUGCGAAUUCACUGCUGGGACUGCUGGAUGCAGCGGGAUGUGAUUUAUCUAGUUGGUACUACCAUUACUGCUACUAGGGUGGUUGGCGAUGUUUGUUGUGUUCGAUUGACGACGUUCCCAGAAGUCCGGUUUCGAGCCAAGCUCGAUGAUGACAAUUCGCUAGGAUUGAAUUACUCAAGUUGUAAGGAUUCAAUAAGUGCUUUCACGCAGAUUGUGUUAAGGAUCUGACGCGGGGCGAAUGAAGGAAAACAACAAGGAUUACAACAAAGAUCGGGGGGCGCUGACAUCUGGAUGAAAAUGCUUUCCUUGUGUGCGGUGCGAGAUUAGAAGAUAGAAGCCUUAUCUGCUGAAUACCCUUCUGUCAAUCUACGUAGUGCUAGUGACAAUCUCAACUAGAACUAGAAACCAUAGGGAUGUCUAAGUGGUAGAACGUGGAAGAAGAGGCCGACUUUCCGCCCCACGAGGGCGAUUACUGCGAUAAGUGCCAAGCGAGUUCGGGAAAUCGAUCCCUCUUCGUAGCGCUCUCCCAUCUCCCAGCAGAUCGACCCAUUCGCGUCGGGUUGGGAAAUUUAUGGUGGUAAAGAUUGUGUUUUCCCUGGUGUGUAGUCCUCGGUUUGCGACGUGAUAUCCGCCACCUCACAGAACUCACAGACGCUCGGGAUGUGAAGCGGUUUGAUUACAGUUGAUUUCGGACGGUAUCUGUGUUCUUCCUGUGCCCAGGAUCGAACAAGAAAAAAAAAACAUACACACAAACGGAAGUAUCUUUCGUUCCGUUCGCCGGCUGUUUGCAGCGCUGCCGAGGAGAUACAAAGAGGACUAGCGCGAAAAGGCGCGCACUCGGGUUGGGGCUAAUGUGCGAUUCUUGGCCUGCUACUGGUGUGAAGUGAUAAAUUAAUUAAUUUUCCCUCCACUCUCUGUUCGCUGUUUGCCGAUUUCUUCUGGUCGAAAUAUCUUCGGAUGCGAUCGCGGUAGGCUAGGCCAGUGCGGGAGAAAAGGCUCGAGUGGUUUCUGGUGCGAGCAAAGGGAAAAGAUAAGCAAGCGAAUAUAAAAGUUUCCCGCUGUGUGAUGGCGAGUUCGGUGUAAUUAGAGAGAAGAAAAGCAGGCCGAGGGGGAAAGGGUAAAUUGGAAAUCCGGGUUUCGGUCCCGCAAACAGUGGCGAAGGAGCUUAGCAGCCCCACCGCAAAAGGCAAGGGUCGAAAGUGCAAGUGUGUGUUCGUGAAAGUGUGAGUGCAUGUUUAGUGGGUGGUGUGAAAUUUUUCCUACUUCUAAACAACCAACCAACAUAUAGUGGAAAGCAGGAAGAGAAGAUCAGAAGAAGAGUAAGAAGAAGCGGAGUGAUGCCUACCCGGUGGUGGAAGGAAAACAUGAACCGGGCGGUUCGGGUGGAUCUGCUGCCAAUGUUCCUGUUGGUUAUGGUGGCAGUGCUGCUGCAAGGAUUACUCCCAGUUGCCGCUUCUGCGGUCAAGGAUAGUGAAUAUGAAAACACACCACUUUAUCUGGCGGAGGCAGUCCAGGGAAUGACCGGCAAGCUGAAGUGUAACAUCACGCCGCCCAUCGCUGGCGACCGGGCGAUUCUGGUCAUCUGGUACAAGGGGAACGAAUCGAUACCGCUGUACACAUUCGACGCCCGUGACUCCCGCGAGGGUUCCCACCGCAGUUCCAACACGUCCUUCGAUGGACGGGCCAGCUUCUACCCGAACCGGACGCCGGCGGUGCUAGAGGUCCGAUCAACGAAAAACUCCGACAGCGGCGUCUAUCGGUGUCGGGUCGACUUCAACAAGAGUCCCACGCGGAACACCCGGGUGCAGCUGUCGGUUAUAAUCCCACCGGAGAAGCUGCAAAUCAUAGAUGCCAGCGGUCAGAGCAUUCCGCACUACAUCCUGGGGCCGUACAACGAAGGGUCCUCGGUGAACUUUACCUGCGUGGCGAGUGGCGGUCGCCCGAUGCCCACCGUUAACUGGUGGUACAACAACGAAAUAGUGAACCACUCGUCGACGAUCCUGUCCGAGCGGCGAGUCAAGAACACCCUGAUCCUGAAUCGCCUGGAGCGGAAGCACCUGAAGGCCACCUUUACGUGUCAGGCCUCCAACAACAACGUGACCAAUCCCAUCACGGCGUCCGUCUCCCUGGACAUGAACUUGCGUCCCCUUCUGGUGAAGCUGCAGGGCAAAAAUCGGCCACUGUCAGCCAACAACACCUACGACUUGGUGUGCGAAGUUCAUGGCUCCCGACCGGAACCUACCAUCACCUGGUGGAAGGGCAGCACCGAGAUGAAAGGACAUCAGGAGACGACCGAUGCGGAGGGCAAUGUUACCGUGUCCAUAUUGACAUUCCAACCCACGAUCGACGACAAGGGAAAAUACCUUUCGUGCCGGGCGGAGGUCGCCGUCAUACCGGAUGCCGGCAAGGAGGACGGCUGGAAACUCGAUAUCUACCACGUUCCCGUGGUGACACUGGAGUAUGGCACCAGUAACAACUACACCUCGUCGAUCCGGGAGGGUGCCGACGUCUACUUCGAGUGCAACAUCAAGUCCAACCCGUGGGUGUACAAAGUUAUCUGGCGGCAUCAAGGUCGAGAGCUGUUGAACAAUCCAUCGGAGGGUAUAAUCGUGUCGAACCAGAGCCUGGUGCUGCAGAAUGUGAGCCGCUCCCGGGCUGGGCUGUACACUUGCGUCGGAAGCAACCGGGAAGGCGACGGCGAGAGCAACCCCGUUCAUCUGGAUAUCAAAUUUGCUCCGGUUUGCCGACCCGGACUGGUGACGACCUACAACGUCGGACGGUACGAGCAAUCGAAAAUUUCCUGCGAACUGGAAGCCAACCCAACCAAUGUGACCUUCGUGUGGAAGCAUAACACGUCGGUUUCGGAAAUGCUGGAUAUUCCUUCGGAUCACGUGACCAGCGAGCGCGCCAAGAGCAUAUUCAGAUUUAAGCCGAUCAGCGAGAGUGACUACGGAACCCUCCUCUGCUGGGGAAGCAACGACAUCGGUACCCAAACCGAGCCCUGUGUGUUCAGCUUAAUUCCAGCAGGAAAACCCGAUCCGCUGUCCAACUGCACUAUCAUGAAUCAAACGUUCGACAUCCUUCAAAUCGAGUGCAUCGAAGGCUUUGACGGGGGCCUGCAGCAGGAGUUUCUAGCCGAUGUGUAUCUGAUUGGCGGUCGGCAUUUGUUCAGUUCCAUCAAAUCCAAGGAGCCCAACUUCGACCUAAAAGGCCUGGAACCGGGCGUCGGUUACAACAUCUUCCUGUCUGCCAAAAACGCGAAAGGUGCCAGCGAGCAAACCUACCUGCAGGCCUACACUUUGAAGAAUCCGGAAAAGCAAACUGAUCUAUCGCUCGUAUACGCACCGACACUUCACCAAAUUAAGCCCUUCAUCGGAACGCUGCUGGGGGUUGUGGCGGCCAUCAUCUCCAUCGCUUCCAUCAUCGUCUGUGUCACGCGACUGCGAGGGUCGGCCGGCCGGGAUCGGGAAUGUAGCAAUAUAUCCACGAACGAUGCAUCCGGCAUCAGCCAGUCGCUACCUACCGAAGGGGAUCUGGCCCGGGAGCAGCAGUGCAACGGCAGUAUCGAUAGCAUCGAGAAGAACCCGGACAUUAUACCGCAAGGGAAACUUCCGCACUUGCUGGAAGAAGACGAGAAAGCAUUCGAGUGGCUCAACAGUGCCGGUACCCAUCCGCGGUUGUACGCGACGGCGGCCAUGGCCGAACAGCAGCAACACCAACAGGUAGGCGUUGGAGUUGGCGUGCUGGGGCCUCCGACGGGCGUGGGGACCUACGACAGCCGGACAUUUUACGCGACGAUGCGUGACGGCAGCUGUAUGCAGCAGAACGUCUACCCGGUCGUCGAUAAUCAAAAUUACAUUCCCGUGCACAGCGGAAUCAUCCCGACGCCGGUGAUAGGUGGCUACGGGUCCGACAGUCACAAGCAUGACCUGACGUACGCAGACCUAACGUCGCUGGCCGGUGGUCAGGUGCAGCCGAAGCAAAUGUACGUGAGUGCAACCCUCGGCCGACCGCGGCAAUCAGACAUCAAACGAAGUGAGCCGACAAUCUACGCACAGAUUGAUUUGGCACACCAUCCAUCAGUACAUUCAACAAAUUUGGUUUAUACAAAUACCCGGGCCGGCAUUCCGAUUUCACACACCGGCCUGCAGCACCAGCACCAGCACCACCAGCAGCAGCAUCCACCGGCGGGGAUGAUGAUCCCGCCACCCACCUCGGCCGCCUCCCUCACGGAACGAUUCCCUCCGCCGCCGCUCUUUGCCGGCCAUCACGCACCCGUCAGCAACAAUCCGUCGAUAUGUUCCAAUGAAGCGCCAUCCAGCCUGCUGCAAACCGUUCAAGAACUGCCACCUCACUGCAGCACGCCAGACUCGGUUGCCUCCUCCGGCCAUGUUCAGCCCACUGGCAACACUGGCGUCGGGGACCGGAUGCUACACAAUGCGACCCGUUUCUGAUAGGAAAUCCGGGCUCAGACACGUCCCAAAUACUGAACACAACAAUAAGGUCAACUUCGAAUUAGAGGUAAACUUUUUUCUUCGAUCUUAAUCUAGAAAGCGAAAACCUAACCUAACUUAAGGCUCUCAAACUUGAAGUAAAACUGAAAUCUUCUACUCUUAAAAAAACAAAAGUUAGACAAAUGAACAUUUCCACUGCUCUACUGAAAGCGACUCGUUUGUAAAUAGGCGGUUUUGAGUGAAUGAGACGAUCGUUAUGAAUUAUUGAAAAAAAAAGUGUAAUUAACAAUGGAUGAGAUGUAAUAAUUUUUUAUAUACUAAACAAAGUAAAGACAAUGUAAAUUAGGCUAAACAGAAAACGAAUAACUAACAAAACCAAACAAGAACGAAGAAACCCAUUCAAUUUUCAAUCAAAACCGUGAAUAUUUAAAGAUAACUUAACAUAAAGAGUAAUCGUUAAGCUAGGUAAUGGUAACCAAACUAAUUAACCGUUGUAAAUAGUUUAAAACCAGAACACAAUUUUUAAUAAACCAAAAAGAACAACAAAGAAGAAAAUCAAAACUCGAUGUAAAAAACUAUUAAAACCAUGCAUGGAAGAAUGUUAACAGUCGUAAAAAAAAACGAACUUAAAAGUUGAAGAGCGGAUAGUGAUGGAAGAUUAGUGACACCAUUUUGGAGGACUGUUUACCGAUUUCAAUGAAACAAAAA